CUACGCGAGCUCACCCAAAUGCUACCAAACUAUUUAUAACAAACUAGUUUUGCAAAAUUCCAUCUAAAUAACUAAUACUAAUGUAGAAAAUAAGUAAGAUAAGAGAAUUCCUAGUGCGUGUGUAUAGUCCCAUGUCUGGUGCUAUUGAUCGGGCUAAUGGUAUGCCUCAUGACGUCACAAAUAGGUGAAAUUUUCUCAAACCAGUUAUGAACUACUGCGAACUGUCAUGUCUGUGUUAUGGCGUCAAUCUUCCUGAAGACAUUGGGAACAUUUUAGUGAAUAUUUAAGUUUUGAGGACGUUAUUGUGGUAGAAAACUUUAGAAAAUUAUGGUGGGCCGACCGAAUGUCCGCAGACGAAAAAUCAAAUUUCGUACUGACGGCUUCAAGAUAUAAUUUUGGUUAAUGGUUAUUAAUCCUUAGGAUCAUUAUAUAAACAAAGAAAAAAAAACGGAUGGACUAACAAAAACAAGAAAUUUUAUCAUUUAAGAAAAUCAAAUUCCUUACGAAAUAAUGGCUCAAGUGAUUGGUCACAAACGUAGAGGAAUCAGCAGUGGAGAAACUUCAGCUUCAAGUUCGACCUGCCAGAUACCAACACUUCCCGGUGGGGCAACUCCCGGUACCCUCACCGAUGAGUUAGCGGCGCUUUUUGAAUGCCCGGUCUGCUUCGAGAUUGUCCUACCUCCUAUUAUGCAGUGUCAAGUCGGACAUCUCGUUUGUGCAAAUUGUCGUCCGAAAUUGUCUUGUUGUCCGACUUGCCGCGGAACCCUUGGAAAUAUCCGAAACCUAGCGAUGGAGAAGGUCGCCAACAACCUCAUGUUCCCCUGCAAGCAUAAGUCGACCGGGUGCCGCAUGUCUCUGGGACUCAACGAAAAGGCCGAACACGAGGAGAUCUGCGAAUUUCGUCCUUAUAGUUGCCCAUGUCCUGGGGCCUCUUGCUCCUGGCAGGGCCAGUUAGAUAAAGUAAUGGUACAUCUGCAACAUUCCCAUAAAAAUAUAACAACGCUCAACGGCGAAGACAUCGUUUUCCUGGCCACUGAGAUCAACUUGGCCGGGGCUGUCGAUUGGGUGAUGAUGCAGAGUUGUUUCGGCCAUCAUUUUAUGCUAGUGUUGGAAAAACAAGAGAAGAAUGAUGGCCAUACCCAAUUUUUUGCUAUCGUUCAAUUGAUUGGCUCGCGCAAACAGGCUGAACAUUUCGCAUAUAGACUGGAGCUUAACGGAAAUAGACGUCGCCUUAUUUGGGAAGCCAUGCCGAGGUCCAGCCAUGAGGGUGUCGCUUCAGCCAUUAUGGCUUCCGAUUGCUUAGCAUUUGAUAAUUCUAUUGCCCAACACUUUGCUGACAACGGAAAUUUGGGUAUUAAUGUUACCAUUUCUCUAGUAUGUUGAAGAGUUUUCAGUUGGAUUGAUUAUUUUUCAAUGACUAGUAUAUAAUGUUAAUAUACACAUAUCCUAUAACAUAUUAUUGUUCAUUUAGAACUUCUGUUCGUUUAGAUUUGAGUGUGAUAAGAUUAUUUUGUUUCGAUUUUACUUUUUUAAACAACUGUGCUUGAAUAUGGCAUUUUUGUAUUAUAUACCUACCUAUAUAUAUAUUGCUGUGUUUAAUGGAUUUUUUCGGUUCGUUACGAAUAAACUUUUAAUCAAAAAACUACUUCAGUCCAAUAAUUUAUUACCUCACAAUUGGUGAUAUACAAAAAGGUAAGCUCGAAGGUGUUACGUUGCAGCAGGUUAGCCCAACUAAUAAAUUGUGAUAACUAUAUUUCUUCUUAAUAACCACUUAACCAUAACCAUUUCAAGUUAUUUAAAACAAAGAAUGUUUUUAUGUACAUUAUUUUCCACAUUUUGUUAUCUAAUAUUUAGUGUAAAAACCCACCUCUUAUAAGAUUAACUUACCUGUGUUCAAUUUGUGGAAUUCGUUUGCUUAUGGGUUUUAGUUUUAAGUUGUCAUAAGUCGUUAUAGUUGUAUAUUAGUUGAUAAAUUUGUCCUUGUACAUUUAUAAUAUUGGGCACUAUUUAUUUAAUAACUAUUCAACUACUUGUAGUUUAUAUGUUCGAUUAUUUCAGCUUUGCUUAAUGUAAAAUAUGCAAUAAAUUUUGUUUAACUUUGUAA